AUGGGACAAGAUAAACAAGUCAAGCAAGAUUCUCCAUUACAUGAGCAGAAUACUAUAAAGAAUUCUGCAUCAAGUCAAAGUUUUCAAUUUUUUUGGUUUGUAGAUGAGAAUUUUGUUGAGAUAGAGAAAGAGAAGAGUCUUACGUUGAUUAAUGCAUGGGAAGAGAACGAGAAGGCAAAAGCUCAAACCAAGGCUUACAGAGAACUUUGCUCCACCGAAGCAUGGGAGAACAACAUGAAGACAGCUCUAGAGUUAGAUUUGAAAAAAAUGGAGGAGACAUUAGAAGUGGAGAAAGAUGAAUAUUCAAAAAAACUGAAAAAGAAAAUACCGGAAAUUGAGAAGAUUGCAGAAGCGAAAAGAGAAAAAAUCGAGAAACAAAAGGUGCAAGAAUCUAUCAAUCUGACAAAAAUGAGUGAGAAGCUAAGUGCAACUCCAGGUGCCUAUCCACCUAAAACCAAAACAUGUGGAUGUUUCUAG